AUGAAUAAGAGGCAGAUGAGAGAUGAUGUGCAACUACUUUAACCAGCCAUUCUGUCGCUGCAACAUUUCAAAAGAAGAUUUCUCCACCUGAAAACUGGUUUUUGUACGCCUUUUAAGCUUUUUCGACUAAUGCGUCGUGCUUUGUGAGGUAGCCUAAUGAUGCUGAUGGUUGAGUGAAUGAUUUGCGUCUCUGUGGUUUUACAGUGUGUGGGCAGCGUGCACACUCAAGAGGAGAUUUCCUUCCGAGCCGGACUGGAAAAAACUGCGGAACUGAGCCAAAUACACCAAACGCGAUAAAAAGGAACGGAUGGCCGUAGCUAUCGAAAUGGGAGGAUGCUUAUGUUGUUUUAUCGUUCAUUUCACAGUGCCUCUUGACUUUUUAAAUUAGUUUGGUAGCAGACUCCAAAGGAAAAAUAUUUUGAACCUCUUUUAUUCGACGACGAGAGUCAUAUUAAUUAUCAAAACUAAGCUUUAAGUUUUAGAAAUCAAGCUGUUCGACCAGCAGAAAAUGAUGGGAAAUUAACACCGACUGAUCACUUUUGAGAAUAUCUGACAUAUAUGAUCAACCUAGGGGAGUUUUUCUUACAGAAAUAGUCACUUUGGAAUUGCAGAAUGGCAAUAAACACCGAUACGGAGUUUGCGAAAUCCAACCUUGGGGAGAGCGGCGGCACGCACCCGACCGAGUCUCACGAGACCGAGAAACUUCUCACGACCACCGAACCCACCGGGGUGAAGACCUCCAGCUCCUUAACCAUCAGUGUCGGGGCUGACAAGUCUCUCGAUGCCGAUCAGAACGGCCACAGUUUGCCUCUGAGAUCCGGAUCAGCGGGGCAGCUCGGCUCGGCUCCACUCUCCCCAUCCCGAGUCAGCCUAAGCCGCACAUCAUCCACAGGCAAUGCCAUCCAAGAUCAGCAGAAACCAAAGGACUACCUAAUACUGGUCAUUUUAUCCUGCUUUUGUCCAGUGUGGCCGCUGAGCAUCGUUGCAUUGGUCUAUUCAAUAAUGUCCAGAAACAGUCUACAGCAGGGGGAUGUGGAUGGUGCAAGGCGCCUGGGACGUUUGGCUCGGCUGCUCAGCUGUGUGUCUAUCAUUCUGGGCCUCCUGGUAAUCAUAAUCUACGUGGUGGUUGCAGUAACUGGAAAACAAUAAGGAUGAGAAACAUGCAUCUACAGCACUGCAAAAACUCACCCAUUAAGUACUUAAAAUAAGAAAAUAAUGCCUCAGAAGUAAAAAAAAAAAAAAAAAGGAGGGCUAAAGUGAAUAAAUUAGAUCCAAAUAAAUAAUAAUUAUGCAUGUAGUAGGUUAGCAUGCACAAUGAAAAGGAAAACAAAAAUCCCAUAUGUUACAAAGAACAGUGAUGGCUUGCAUUAUGUAAAUGAGACACAUUGCUGUUUCGGCAAGAACUCGCUUGAGGAUGACAUAAAGGAAAAGGGGACGUUUCUGCAAAGAUGGCUUUAGCAGAAUCUUUGAAAACACGAAGACGCCCAGCAAGCUGCAUUUUAACCUUAUGUUACUCCUGGUUGAUCUUGCAUUUAAAAAUUAUGCAGAUAUAUUUGCAAUAUAACUACUGAUCUAUGUUUUAUAAAAAUAUUUAUAUGUGGAGUUUAAGGUAUGGGAAUAACCUGUGGUUGACAGGACUGUUGGACAAAGACCUUGUCAGACCUGGAAAUGGAAAUGGGGAAUGAAGAAACUUGGUUGUUUUUUGUUUAUUUAUUUUGUAUAUUCUGAUCAUAAAAAGUGACCAAAAUGACCACUUGCAUGCCUGAUCUUGUAUGUGAAUAGUCAACUAUAAGCAUUUUUCGUUACUAUAUAUUUUUUAUUUUUUAUAAGAAACUCUGAGAGUAGUGGAUGUUUAAAGAUCGGAAUGUACAUGAUUGUCCAGUGUGUGUCCAAUGCAAAUCUUGCCAUAUUCUCUCAGUGGUAAAAAAAAAUCAUUGAGAGAUUUUCCUUAGCCUCCAGGUACUAGUAUAGUUUCCCCUCAGAGAGGUAAGACUGUAAUGUUACGCAUGCCAGCCCUCUGUUUCCUGACAGAACUACUGGAGCAUGGACAUUCAUCUAGAGGCAUGCAAAGGCCAGCACCAUUUUACCCUCUGUGCCAAGACCUUUAUAUCGGUAUGCUAAACGAAUCACAGGACUAUUCACCUUUGGUCCAGGAUAGAAUGCCAAUCUCUCCAGAGUCAUAAGACUUUCCUACUUAACCCUUAUAAAUAUGAGAUAUAUAUCAACAUAUUUAUAGAAAUAUUUAGGCAUGCCGUGGGUGGACAAUACAACACUUUUCUAUCUUCACCUAGAAUGAGCUUGUGUGUAAGGGACUUUGCUUUAAUAUGACACAUUUGAUAGUGUUUGUUGCAUCUCUGUGAUUACUGAUCUAUAACUGACAUGCUGAUAUCAAUAAGACAACAUAGUCAAUAUUGCAACAAUUAAAUAGGAGUCUGAAAAACUGAGCUACAGGGGCCAUAUUACAGAAACAUUUGAACUCUCCUAUAUUACCUACCUUGAACUUGUCAAAUGUUCAAUUAAAGGAAUCUUCCGGGUUCAAUACAAGUCAAGCUCAAUCAACAGCAUCUUAGCAUGUUUAUUACCACAAAUAAUUAUUUCUACUUGUCCCUUGUUUCAAAUAAAUAAAAAAAUUAAAAAAUGCGGUUACAGUAAGGCACUUAAAAUGGAAGUGAAUAGGGCCAGUUCACCGUCAAAAGUAUAGCAACAAAACGUGAAGUUUAUAUGCGUCAACAUGAUUUUAGUACAAAAAAAAAAAAAAGGUUUGAAAAAGGUUGUUCAAUUUACUUAUUUAAAAUUAUCUAAAGCAACACAAUUCUAGAACAUUGAAUUUCAUUGUGUUCUGUCCAAUUAAAUGUUUACUUAAUCCAUUUGAGUUUGGACUAUAUGAAUACUUUUUGUAGCAUUGAUGAAACUGGGCAGGGGAUUUCCAUUUUUUUGCAUGGGACUGGAUGGGGAGAACAAAUGUUGAAAUAAAGUGUUAUUUUAUGCAUUUUUGAGCAAGAUGAGAAUAGGAGGAGAUUUGUUAAUGUUUAAUGUUGUUAUAUUGGUAUUUAAAAAGAGUGUCUGUUAAGCUAGAGUUUUGGGGGUUACCAUUGUGGUGAAGAUUGGCGAUUGUGCUCAGGUUGAGGAUGGACUUUCACUUUCAAGUGAUGUUUGAUUCGAGUGCUGCUUGGCUUUAUAAGCAGGUGCAAACAAAUUGUCAGUGCAACAGUUUCACUGUCCUUACACUUGGUUACCUGUCUUAAACUAAUGAUUAAUCAAAUAAAUUAAGUUGGACCAACAUAAGAAAUUUAAAUUAAACAUUAGUAAAUUAAGUCUGACAAACCUAAUAAAGUUGAGUGAAAACUACUAUAGUACAUUGAUUUGACCUAAUCCAACUAAAUUAUGUUGGCUAAAUUCAUCUGAAUCAAAGAAAAUAAAUUGCUUGUAAAAACUCUUAAAUUCAGUUAAGGGUAAUGACUUAAUUUCUUUAGUGUGUGAUAAAAUCAGAGAUUUACCGCUGUUAAUGCAUUUACCAGAUUACAAGGUUUACCAACAUUAUGUUGUCAUGACAGCUAAGUUGUAAUAUUGGAUAUACAGUAAAUUUACCCAGACAAGGUUAGUGAUUUUAUCACACUAAAAUCAUGUUAACACGUAUAAUGUAUUGUAAGUGCCGUACUGUAACUGCGAUUUUUUCUUUUUUAAAUAAACGAGGGACGAGUCAAAAUAAUUUUUUGGGUAAUUAACAUUAUGUCAGAAAUGCUGUCAAUUGAGCUUAACUUGUCCUGAACCAGGAACAUUUCUUUAAAACAAGAAGUUCUUUCCUAUUAGUUCAGUUGGGUGACUAAUGAAAUACAAACGCAACAGGAAUCUAAUUCUUUCCAGAGCAGAGUCUACUGAUUUGCUUCAUAAGUAUUUUACUGCCCUGUCAUUUCAAAGCACUUUAUUACAGUUUCCAUCAAUAUUCUGAUGAUGGUAAGCAUCAGUCUCAUAUCUUAUCAAUAUUUUUGUUUACCGCAACUUUGGUGUUAAAUGUUGUUAAAGUAGCUAUGCAUCCUAAACUUUCUGUGUUUUGCAUAUCUUGCCAUAUAUAGAAUUUUAGCACAUAAACACUUAAAGGAACACCCAGAAAUGAAAACUGUCAUCAUUUGUUCACCCUAAUGUUGUUCCAAACUUCAUGGAGCACAAAAGCAGAUGUUGGGCAUUAUGUCAGUCUUAGUCACCAAUCACUUACAUUGUUUGGAAAAAUAUGCUAUUCUAAAAGCAAAUGGUGACUGAUACUAUCAUACUGCCUAACAUCUCCUUUUAUGUUCCAUGUAAGUCAUACGGGUUUGAAACAACAUAAGGGUGAAUAAAUGAUGACCAAAUUUUUAUUUUCGGGUGAACUAUCCCUUUAAGAUGGUCAUAUAAAUGUUUGUUUGUUUGUUUUUUUAAAGCAGAACAUAUUCAGCUGUUCUUAAUUCAGUUUUAUUAAUCUUGGCUAAUGUUUUUAUAUCAGAUGCUUUUCUUCUGUUAUUGCACUUUUGUUCACUAACCAGUUAUGUCAUAAUAACCUUUAUGCCAAUAUGAAUGAGAUGCAAAAUGCUGCUAUGUGUCUUUUAAAACUGUGAUUUAUUAUGUACACAUUUUGGAACCUUGUUUCACUUGUACAUCGAUGUUUUUCAUAGUUAUUGUGUACCUUUGCAAGUGUGAAAUAAACAUUAAAGUGCAUAGUCCACAAUUUGCUUUCAAUUAUUGGUCUUUCUUGGUGGAGGUAAUACCAUAUUAGCAACAAAGGGAAAAGUGAAGUCAAUCAUACAAAGAAACACAGGAAGACAACACCUUAUUCUUUCUCUUGUAAAGCCUUCCUGCCUAUACCACAUAUACACAAGCUUCAUGCUGUUGUAAAUAAUGCAUGGCUAAGGAAAUGGCACAAGAUCUACAGAGUGAUUUUACACUUCCCUGGUUCUCUGAUCUCUAAGUAUGGCCUUUUGCCCAGCUAUACUCCAGCACUCUGCACUAACUGCACUCACACAGUGACAUAAAGUGUUUAUUGUAUGCACAAAUCAUGAGCUUGAAUGAGACUAAAGUGUUAUUAUUAGUUAUUUAGAAUCGGGCUUUGAAAUUGAUUUUCUAGCAGGAAGAAGAAACCAAGCAAGGGAUAAUGUACAGUCAGCCGGUAAACCCCAGCAAGGUGAUCAGUCUGAAGGGGUUUAUUUUGUGGGUAACACUUUACAAUAAGGUUUCAUUUGUUAAUAUUAGUUAACAAUAUUAGUUAACAUGAAUUGACAAUGAACAAUAUUUUACAGCAUUUAUUAAUCUUGGUUAAAGUUAAUUUCAAAAUAUACUGUAGUAACACGUUUCUAAAAAGCUAAAGUUGUAUAUGUUAACAUAAGUUAAUGGACUAUGAACUAACAAUGAACAAUUGUAUUUUUAUUAACUAACAUUAACAAAGAUUAAUAAAUGCUGUAAAAAAAUUUCAUGAUACCUAAUGCAUUAACUAGUUAACAAAUUGAACCUUAUUGUGUUACCAUUUUGUGACAAUGACAGUGCUGACAGUAUAUUACCCCGCUUAUUACACAGCUCACUAAAUAAAUGGACAGGAAAUGUGAAUUUGAGUUUAAAUUACUUUAUUAGAGAAGAGAAGAGAUAGCAGAGUGUUCAGGAAAACUGAAAUUAGAUGAGCAGUCAGUUAUACUGAAAUGCCAAGGAAAACGGUAAUUACUCAGACAUAUAUUUCACCUCUGAAUGUCGUUAUUGACCAAUCAGAAUCAAGUAUUAGAAAGCAGUGUAAUAAAGACUUAACAAAAUAUAUUUAGAAUAUAUUUGAGAUCUAAACCAAGCUAUAUUACCAAAUGCUGAACCAGCCUAAAGGGCCCUUCCUAUUUAAUUAGUAAUUCAGCUCUCAACCAGCUAAACUGGCUUUUACAUACACUGGGUCACCUUUCCAUACUACCUUCAAUUCUACCAAGGCUUGCCGAGUGGCUAGCUUCAUUACUGCUUUAUUGUGACUUAGACAAGUAUCAACAUCCUUUGUUGGUGCUGCAACAACACUACUAUCAAUCAAUCAAUGCCCUCUUAGUUAAGGUGUAGGGUUAGGGAACAGACAGAAUCAUUCCUGUUAUGACUCGUUUCUUUACUUAGUUUAGCCCCAUAAAGCAGUGCGUAUAAUAUUUGACACAUGAUUUUCUAAAGCAGCUACUUCAUCAGCAUGAUGAAUACUUUGCUGAAAAGUCUAGUACAUUUUUUUUUUUUACAGUGUACUAGAUGUCUACUGCCUCCUGGUGAAAGUUUCUGUGCUCUUCUGAAAGUAAAAAACCUUGUAAAAUCAUUCCCAAAAAGGCCGCCUAUUGUGAUAGACCUGCCAUUUUGCAGAGAAAUCUUUGCUGAUUUUGAUAAAGUAACAAUAGUGUUUAUAUUGUUACUGAUAUUUCAAAAUAAGUAUUUGCUGAAUUGAAGCAACUUGUGCUUGGUUAAAAUUUUGUACAUUAUUUUAUUGAAAAAUCACAUUGAAAUGCAUGUAUCAAAUAUGAUACAGCAGGCUUUUGAGGUAUAUCUCUCAAUCAUUAUUACAUUCACAUGCCCAUUACA